GUACCAUGAGUGGAUGAAAUCGGAGGAGCUACAGCGACUGACCGCAUCCGAGCCACUGAGCCUGGAGCAGGAGUACGAGAUGCAGCGCAGCUGGCAGGAGGAUGCAGAUAAAUGCACGUUUAUUGUACUGGACACUGAGAGGUGGUCAGGGCAAGCAGGUACCGAGGAGGACUGCAUGGUGGGGGACGUGAACCUGUUCCUCACUGAUAUGGAGGAUCCAACAGUGGGAGAGAUUGAAGUCAUGAUUGCAGAGCCCAGUUGCCGUGGCCGAGGGUUUGGCAAGGAGACAACUCUGAUCAUGAUGUUUUAUGGAGUAACAAAGCUGGGAAUUACCAAAUUUGAUGCUAAGGUCGGACAGGAAAAUGAAGCUAGUAUUUGCAUGUUCAAAAAGCUUCAUUUUAAGGAGGUUGCCGUGAACAGGGUCUUCCAGGAGGUGACAUUGAAACUGGAUGUGAAUGAGCAGCAGAGACAGUGGCUCCUGGAGCAAACUAACCACGUGGAGGAGAAAAAUUAUAGUGUGUUGAACCUACAGACCCGUGCCUCUGAGACCUGACACCUCUUCCAGAGGCAGGCAGGCCACACCCCUGCUAAGUCUCCAGGGAGGAAGAGUUUGACAACAUUACUGAGUUCAAGUAUGGAAAACACCUUGGGACCAAGAGUGAAUCAAACAACAAACUGCUUUGUUAUUACUCCACAUACCUGGUGUACCACCUGUGAAAUGCUGAUCUUCCACUGCAAUCGCGACAGAGCAUCUACAGCGGCAUUCCUUUGAAAUAGUGCCUGGAAGCUGGGAUGGAUGAACAGAUGCUAACAGGUUAAGCAUAGAAGUACACAUUGGCUGGGAAUGGCCCUUUUAGCCACAGAGCUCCCUCUACCCUGUUCUAGGAAGGGACUCUCUACACCUCCAGGGCCUAUAAACAUUAGUGAAUUGGCCAGCAAUGCUGUCAGUCUGUGGAUGAGCAGAGUAGAUUGGGUUUCUAGCUAAAACCCCACCAUCCUUAGCAGAGUUCCUAGUGUCACAAAUGAAGUCUGAGCCACAAGAGACUCUGGCCUGCUUUGUCACACAAACUGAUACAUACAAUGUGACAACAUGAUCUGGUAUGCAAAGUAGCUCCGUUGCCAUCCUUGGCUGGUAAAGUGGUGGUUACAAGAUUUAAAAAAAUAAUAAAAUACAUAAGACUUAAACCA